AUGUGUACGACGUACGGCAUCAACGGCCUUUCUUGGCGUUUUAUUCCAGCUGGAGCACCUCAUAUGGGUGGUUUAUGGGAAGCAGGAGUCCGAAGUUUUAAACUUCACUUCCGUAAAGAAGCCCAUUCCGGCAAAUACACUUUUGAAGAACUUUCGACGGUCCUCGCUAGAAUUGAGGCAUGUCUAAACUCUCGACCUCUCAGUCCUAUGAGUGACGAUCCUAAUGACAUAGUGGCUCUCACACCAGGCCAUUUCCUAAUCGGGUCUCCAAUAUUAGCUCCACCUGAACCUUCGAUUUAUCAAUCUCCGCUUAGUCUUCUAAAUCGGUAUAGAAAAGUUAAGGCCUUGACUCAGCACUUCUGUCGUCGAUGGAAGGAAGAAUACUUGUCAGGGCUUCACAAACGUUACAAGUGGAAGUAUCCGGAACGCGAUAUAAUAACCGGAGAUUUAGUAGUUAUUCGAAAUGAGCAAAUGACACCCACUUCUUGGAAAAUGGGAAGAGUAGUUCGGACUUAUCCAGGAAGCGACAAUCACCACUAUGGAACGCAUUAUGGCCAUUAUGUGUCUGAAGCUGAUCUCCUUGAGGAGUAUGGUGAGGCAAUGGAGGUUGACACCGCAGCAGCCACGAAUCAACCGGGUUCUACCGACAAGUCCGACGAUGGCGCCACCAGUAUCGCCGCCGUGGAAAACCCACCAGUCUCCGUGGUCCCUGCACCAGAGGUCCCAAUGACCUCCAACGAAAACUCCACUGCACCUGCAGUGGUUUCAGCUCGAGAGGUACCUUUGACCUCACCUGAGCAACUGUCUGCCCCUAUGGCAGUACCGGCUCUAGAAGCCGAAACUACGCAAAAUCCUGAUCCCGUAUCAGGUGCCACGGAAACCUCAGAUUUUACCUCUUAA